CGUGCAUUCAGAAAAACAUGACAUCAUCGGGCGCGGGGAUGGUAAAGGCGGUACGGAGGUGGUGCAGACGGGCUCAGAAGACGCCGCGUCUGCAUCUGGUGAAGAAAAAGCAGAAAGUGCAGAAUCUUCCGAACCUCCCAAAAAUGCCGUGAGCGUAAAUAAAGAUGGCAUGCCGACUCGCGCGACGCUCACGCAAAUGCAGGGGUAUGUUUGCCGGGAUUACACAAGGCUUCGCGAAUCUCGAAAAACCGUCGAGCCAUGGACAGUUGAAGGCAAAGAACUUGCCAAUCUAACAGAUGAAGACUUGUGGCGCCAGGCAGAGGACGACGCGACAGAGUAUUAUCAGCACGUCCUUGCCCAUAAACAUGAGGUUGCAUCUGGACAGGUAACAAAGGAGAGAACGGCCCACCUAGAAAUCAACAAAAAUUCUCGUAGAUCAUCGACGCAGCUGGUCCCUUCUAUUAGCGAGACACCUCAAGAAGGAAUGAUUUAUGAAGCAAAAAAACCCGCCGAUGCGAGAGCAACGUUAUUUACGGAUGCAUCCCCCGCAGCUUCUGUACGGGUCGAGGGCGAGGAUGGGGGCGAUGCUAUUCGUGGAGAGAAUGGAGAAGGGCUUCGCACCUCAGAAAGUCCAGAGGCGGAUGAAGGGGGUAGCGCCGGUAGCGACGAUCCAAAAGGUGCUGAAGGUCGGGAAGAAGCCGCAAAAACCGAAGAGGAAAAUUCUUCUGGUGGCGCAGAUGCAAGAGGCCCUGAGGUGCAUAAGCCGCAGUUGAAAGUCGAGGAACGUACCCAUGGCGUGAUGGUCCUGCAAGAAAACGAGGAUGCUAAUCCAGCGAAAGCAGAGGAAGAUGCUGGUAAUACUGGUGACGCAGCGAGCGCUAAUGCCAAAGAAGACGGCGCAGCCAGCUCGGCGGUGAGGUCAAAGAAUGGUAAGAAGGCAAACAAAGGAAACAAGAGGUCUAUCGGUACGUCCGCACUAGAGAUUGCGCGUGAUAGGAAUCUUCGACAAAAGAACAAGAGUCCACAUCGUCAUACCGCUUCGUUCGCAGAGGCUGUCGAAAGCGCCUUAAGUUCCGCGGGUGAGCAUGCCCUAGAUGCCGUCGAAGCUGGCGAAAACGCCACGGCGC